AUGUUCUUCACCCAAAUGCAAGGUCAGGACUCAGCAGCCCUGCAAGCUGCUUUUAGCUGCUAUACUCAAUUGCCCAAAGACGACAUGUCCACACGACAGUCUCUACAGUGCUGUCAAGUGACGCAUCGCUUCAAGGCCUGGUCUCUGCUCCCUUCCCGGGAGCUUCCACGCGCUGUCGAAGUCCCAGCCGUCCAACAUGACUUUGGCCUGAUCCCGCAGCAAGGAACCAGCAAGCAAAAAAUCAGAGUGCCACAUGAGGACCGUGCAGCCAUGACGGAGGACAACUCAGCGUCGCAUGGCGCCGAGAACUUGUCGCAGAUCUUCUGGCAGUACUGCAAGAAGUCCUUCGCCGGAUACGUCUUCGGCGUAUCCAUGGCCUGCCGCAUCCUGCCGCACACAGCACGCAGUCGGAUGACAGACACCUAG